GUUCGUCUUCACGCAGUUUCUGCUGCGUCGAAUACAUACGUCACGGGCAACAGAUCUUGAUAGAUCUUGACCAGAAUUCGUACCGCAAGGCCGUCCUGCCAGCAGCUAUCAGCAGCAACGGCGCCGCCUUCUUUAUGAGGGUGCGCAUGCCUGCAUUACCAUCCCUUCCAUCUCAGCAUGCAGCGCCGCCCAUCCCCAGGCACCGCUCAUUGCCCCGGCAGCAGCGUCAGCUCUUGGCCACUGCAGCUGGAGCCGCCCCUGCAGUGCGGAGAUCGGGUGACGCCAGGCUCUCCCGCCGCUAUGACCUGCCCGUCGAGACGGACUCCACACUCGUCAGUGAGAGGGAGAGGCGCCACAUGGCCAGACUGGCAAUGAUCACUGAAGAGGAACAAAUGGUAAGGAAGUGGGUCGGGUGGCACCCACCGAAUGGGCGACUGCAGCUUCCUCCUUGUUUUGUGUUGGUCUGUCUGUCAGGACAUCUACCCUGCAGUGACGGUCGGCUUCGCGCCCACGCCCACAGAGGUGGAGCCCGUCAAGCGCCCCUUCCUGUACAUCCCGCCAGAGAACCUCGCCGCCGGUGAGAUCGGCGUCGACGACAUCGGCCGCUUCCGGCUGUUUGUGCGCGACAGCCUGACGGAGCUGAUCCCUGAGGGCCUGUGCGGCGAGCUGCCCAAGGACAUCACCAUGUUUCCCUCGCGCACCACACCAGUGGGGAUCAUGCUGCGCAAGCCGGCGUUCGAGAUGAUCAGUCAGCUGCAGCAGGUACAGCAGCACAGGGGGGCUGAUGGCGGCUGGACUAUUCCAAAGGGCGGCUUCCUCAUUGAUGGACACAGGGGCACUGGCAAGGUGCGAUCGACAGACAGAAAGGGGUAGAGAGAGAUCGAUUCAGCGUGUGGACGUCUGACUGUAUCAGAGUGCCGUGUUGAAUUUUCUGGUUGCGUGGGCACGUGAGAGCGGUUGGCUGGUCAUCUUUGAGCCGAGCCCCAGACGAUACGCACACGAGAUCGGCGAGAUCAAAAGGUCCAACACUGGCGUCUACAUACAGGUGCAGGGAAGGAAGAAGGGCACCACACACACACACACAACACACACACACACACACGUGACUGUUCCACAUCACAUGUGUGUAGAGUGAGUUCACCCAGCAGUUCCUGGAGCGUGUGUCGGUGCGGAAUCGCGAGAUGCUCGAGCGGAUGCCGGUGCACGGGGCGUGCUAUGGCGACUCGGCCAUCGACGGCAGCCACCACCUCUACACACAGCGUGUCUACGACCCGCUCAUCGGCAAAGUGGUCCAGCAGCGAAUCGACGACAAGGUAACACUUCACCGUGUGCGUCGGUCAUGCCUGUGGGCACGUGACACACCACGGCGGGGCCCUCUGUGUGUGUGUGUGUGUGCAGCUGAGUGGUCGGGUGAGUGAGGAAGAAUCGGAGGAAGAGGGCGAGGAAGAGUCAGAGGAGUCCUCAGAGGUACACACGGCCAGAGAGAGGAACAGACAACGACCACUGCUUUCCAUCCAUUCGCCCUGUGCUGCAUUUCUGUCUGUCUGUCUGUCUGUCUGGAUGGAUGGAUGGAUGGGUGGCUGAAUCAGGAGGAGAGUGGAGAGAGCGAGGGAGAGAGUGAGACGGCUACCAGUGGUGGUGGUGGAGCCCUCUCAAAGGACGACGCCAUAGGGAUACAGCGAGAGAGGCUGAGGCUCUGGCAUGCAUAUCGCAAGGAGGUCAAGAUACCCAGCCUCAGGUCAGGUCGGCCCAUCCAUCCAUCCAUCCAUCUGUCCGUCCGGCGCGCGACACGUGUUCAUCGGUGUGUGUGUGUGUGUGUGUGUUUGUGUGUGUGCAGGGAUCGGUUACCGUCUCCGGAGAAUCUGUACGAGAUCGUUGACUUUGGCCUGCAGAACGAGGCCUUCGCCACUCAGUGUGCAUAUGAGCUGUUCGAGCAGCUCAAGAAGCAAACCACUUUCCCCCUCAUGAUUGCCGUCGGUGAGCGAGUGAGAUCACCUAACAUGUCGUGCUAUCCACCUUUCUGUGUGUGUGCUCACUGUGGUCAUUUCUUCUCCCUGCCGGCAAUCUAUCCAUCCAUCCAUCAGAUCAGUGGAACGAGUGUUUCCCUGUGAGUGAGUACCUGUCCAUCAAGUACGAGAACACCAAGUACAACGGCUACAUCCCGGCCUUCCACCUCACCAUGCCCAGACUCUUCCACAAGUGGGACGGAUGGCAACUCAAAAGAGGUCAGUCAGGUCGGUCAGCGGUGGACAGAUGGAGCCACCGGGCACACACACUCGACACUCAGACAGACGCAUGUGUGUCUUGCAUGCGGCUCGGUGUGUGUCUGCAGGUAUCAAGGUGGCAGCGACGUGCUGGAAGUACGCCAAUCGCCGCGACUAUCGACCUGAGCUGCUCAAAGUCAAGUAACCCACUGCGACCGCACCCACCCACUCACAACCUCUCUUCCUUAUCUAUCGCCGCUGUCGUGUCGUCUGGCCGCAUCGCAUCGCAUCCCUCAUUUAGGCGUGAGGAGGUGCGUACGGUCCGCAAUUUCAGCGCCUUUGAGUUUGCCAAUUUCGUGGCCUACUACCGGAGGAAGCGCGUCAUCCAGCACUUCCCGAGAGAGAAGCUGGACUACUUCUACAUGCUCACAGGUGGGUGGGCCGAACAUCAAACAGAGACGCCAGGCAGACGAGUGCUCGCUGUGUGUGUGUGUGUGUGUGUCAGGCGGCAAUGGGUUCCAGUCCAGGAGGCUGCUGGCAAUGCUCUACUAGGCCUGCCUCGCUCUCUGUCUUUGUGCUUAUGAAGGAAUCCACGCAUUCAUUUAUGUGGGCCGUGCUAGCCGAUAGGAUGAGUAUCGAGAGCUCACGCUAUCCCUGUGGCCGGGAGUGUGAGCUGUAAUCGGGCUGUCCUGUUCUUCCGCACUCAUCACGCAACUCGCCACCAGCGGAUUUGGCAGGAGGUGAUGUGGUGGGGCGUGGCGCUGUGUGUCGGACUGAUCCCCGACAGUGACAGUAAGUACUGCAUGCGACACAUGAUCCCAACGAACAUGAGGAGGAAGC